AUGUCGUCAAACGCAACACCACUGAAGAUCGUGCUUGGAGUUGCCAACGUCGGCGACAGCUCAGACCCAACCGUCCGCUACAGCACCCCCGACGAGGUAAAUGCAUACCUCAACGCCUUCCACGACCGCGGCGGCCGCGAGCUCGACACCGCGCGCAUGUAUUCCACCACUGCCCCCGGCUCAUCUGAAGUACGACUCGGCGCCAUUUCUGCCGGAGAGAAAUUCCUGGUCGACACCAAAGUCUUCUCCUUCGUUCCGGGCAGCCAUGCAAAGGCGAAGAUUCUGGAGAGUGUUGAUGCUUCCGAGAAAGCGCUGAAGUGCAAGGCUAAUAUUGAGUACCUUCAUGCGCCGGAUCGGAGUGUCCCGUUCGAGGAGACGCUUGGAGCGAUGGAUGAAGCGUACAGAGCUGGCAAGUUCAAGUAUCUCGGUCUGUCGAAUUAUGCGGCGCAUGAGGUCGAGCAGAUCGUGAAGAUUUGUGAGGAGAAGGAGUUUUGUAAGCCGAGUGUGUACCAGGGACAGUACAAUCCUAUCGUUCGGAGUGGUGAGAAGGAGCUCUUUCCUAUGCUGAGAAAGCACGGGAUCGCCUUUUACGCCUGGAGUCCAGCGGCCGCAGGCCUGUUCGCAGGAAACCACAAGAACGUCAAAGCCGGCGAUCGAUUUGACACAUCGCACGUACUGGGCCAGACCUUUGCAAGAGUGUUUCUGAACGACACUAUCAUUGCCGCCGUCGAUCGGGUGUUCGAAAUCUUUGCGAAGCAUAGCAUCAACGGGCACGGUGCGGCCUUGAGGUGGACGGUUCACCAUAGCAAGCUCGAAGCGGAUUGCGGAGACGCUGUGGUCAUUGCUGCUUCGAGUGUCGCUCAACUGGAUAGUAACUUGGACUUCAUCGCAGAGGGCCCGUUGCCGGCCGAGGUGGCGGAAGCCAUCGAGAAGGUGUAUGGGGAGAUUGCUGAUGCUGCGUUCCCAUAUCAUAUAUGA